CGCGAAGGUGAUUCCCGUAGGGGGAGGGCCUCGAGGAAGGGCCUGGCCCGGGCGGCCCGACUUCCGCGAUACAGCUGACACAGAAAGACAAAGUCCAUUUGGGUGGACGUGGCAGUGGCGUGAGAGGGGCCAUUUUGAGUGUGUGGCGCGACGGAGCUGGUGGCGGUGUGGCCAGGUACGGCUGCUCCGCCUGGACUGCGGUCCUGGGCUGGUGGUCCCGGCUGGUGGUCGCAGAGGCGGAGGCUGGCAGGCGCACCUGGGCAGUAGAGUCUAAGGAUAACUCUGGGCCCACAACGGCCAUGAUUCUCACAGAACACACCCUGAGAUUUCUGCACUCUGAGCAAUGUCAGAUGCCCCUGGACUUCUGCUGAGACCUUGCCCUGGAAGAUGGCCAAGGGGCUCCUGGUGACCUAUGCCCUCUGGGCUGUAGGGGGCCCUGCUGGGCUCCACCACCUGUACCUGGGAAGGGACAGCCAUGCCCUGCUCUGGAUGCUUACCCUGGGGGGCGCUGGGCUGGGCUGGCUCUGGGAGUUCUGGAAGCUUCCAGGCUUUGUAGCUCAGGCCAAUAGACCCCAGAACCAGAGGCAGAGCCUAGGACGGGGAAUACCCCCCUGGAGUCCUAUUCGUUUUGUUGCCCAAAUCAUAGUGGGCAUCUAUUUUGGUCUUGUGGCUCUGAUUAGCCUUUCUUCCAUGGCCAGCUUCUACAUCGUGGGUCUCCCACUAGCAGUUGGCUUAGGGGUCUUGCUGGUGGCUGCUGUGGGCGGCCAGACCUCCGACUUUAAGAACACGCUCGGGGCAGCAUUCCUGACUUCUCCCGUCUUCUACGGCCGCCCCGUGGCCAUCCUGCCCAUCAGCGUGGCUGCCAGCAUCGCAGCCCAGAAGCACCGUCGCUACAAAGUGUCCAGGAAGUUGGAGCCGCUCAGUGCCCGGCUCUACCGCCUGGGCCUGGCUUACCUGGCUUUCACGGGCCCACUGGCCUACAGCGCUCUCUGCAACACGGCUGCCACCCUCAGCUACGUGGCCGAAGCCCUGGGCUCCCUCCUGAGCUGGUUCAGCUUCUUCCCGCUCCUUGGUCGCCUUGUGGAGUCUGUCCUCCUGCUACCUUACCGCGUCUGGUGGCUGCUGCUGGGGGACCCUGAUUUCAGCAGCAGCUCCUUCCAGGACUGGGAGAAGCUCUAUGAGUUUGUGCACAGUUUUCAGGAUGAGAAGCAUCGGCUGGCUUACCAGGUUUUGGGCCUUUCAGAAGGUAUAACAAAUGAAGAAAUUCAUCGGCGUUACCGGGAGCUGGUGAAGCUCUGGCACCCAGACCACAACCGGCACCAUACAGAGGAGGCAGAGAGGCGCUUUAUGGAAAUCCAGGCUGCGUAUGAAGUCCUGAGUCAGCCCAGGAGGCCCCGGGGAGCCAGGAGGCAGAGUGGACAGUGAGAGAGACAGAGAGAAAGGUCUUCCAUUUCUGUUGGUUUACCCCCCAAUGGCCGCUGCAGCUGGUGCGCUGCGGCCAGCGCACCGUGCUGAUCUGAAGCAAGGAGCCAUGUGCUUCUCCUGGUCUCCCAUGGGGUGCAGGGCCCAAGGACCUGGGCCAUCCUCCACUGCACUCCCGGGCAACAGCAGAGAGCUGGACUGGAAGAGGAGCAACCUGGACAGAAUCUGGCACCCCGACCAGGACAAGAACCUGGUGUGCCAGUGCCGCAGGUGGAGGAUUAGCCUAUUGAGCUGCGGUGCCUGCCAAGGCACCCUAACCCUAACCCUAACCCUAACCCUAACCCUAACCCUAACCCUAACCCUGCCAAGGCACCGCAGCUCCCUGGGAGCAUCCCUGGGAGAACCGGUUUGAGUUCUGCUCCUGGCUUUGGAUCUGGCCUAGCCCCAAGCAUUUGGGGGAGUGAACCAGCAGAUGAAGAGCUGUCUCUGUCUCCCUCCCUCUCUGUCUUUCAAAUAAAUUAAAUAAAUAAAUAGAAAAAGUGUUUAAAAAAAGGGAGAAGGCCAUUCUAGGCUCUCAUCUCCAUAAACAUUUGGAAGAGCAGUCAUUUGGGGGCUAGAGUGUUGAGAAGGGGCAGAGAUUUUUGGGCCAUUUGUAAUAGCAGAGAUUCCCACAAUGAGACAAUUGCAGGGUUAGAUGAAUUUCAUGAAUUCCCUGUCACGAUGCAAGUCCACAGGGAGGCUGCUCCCUGACAUCCAGACUGUCUGUCUCCCUGUACAGGGGGAGCAUAUGCUAAUGACUUCCUACCUGCUGCAGCAUGGGUGGCCAACCAACUCAGCACCCACUGGUCACCUUGGUGUGGAUUGCUGUGGGUCUGGGCUGUGGGACUGGGUGACAGGUAAGGAUGAGAUUAGGAGACAUCAUCUGAUUCACUUGUGCUUGGAUUUUUACCCCCUCCUUCUAGACCUGGCUGAUGGGCAGGAACCCCCGUUGAGCUCCUACUAGGGCUGGGCCAUCCGACCACCUAUAGAGGGCGCUGUUUCCAUACUGACUACCCACUGGGUAGCCCAGCUAGUUUUUGAAACUUUUUUUUAAAAGAUAUAUUUAUUUUGAAAGAGUGACACAGAGAGAGAGAGAGAGAGAAAGAGAGAGAGAGAGAGAGAGAAUCUUCCAUCGGCUAAUUUCACUCCCCAAAUGGCUGUGACUGUCAGCACUGGGCUAGCCUGAAGCCAGGAGCCAGGAGCUUCAUCUGGGUCUCCCACCAGGGCAGCAGGGGCCCAAGCACUUGGGCCAUCUUCCACUACUUUUCCCUGGCCAUUAGCAGGGAGCUGGAGCAGAAGUGGAGGAGCCGGGGCUCGAACCAGUAUGCAUACUGGAUGCUGUGACGCAGGCAGCAGUUUUAGCCACAACACCACAAUGCUGGCCCCAAAGUUGGAACUUUUGGAAGGGUUCCCCAUCAACCCUGGGAUGUUACAGUCCCUGAGUUUUAUAGGGAUGUUUUCCAAAGGAGCUGACAUAAUGAAAAUCAACUGCAAGUAGAAAUUUGGUAAAAAAAUUAAAAUAAAUAAAAAAUCUAAGACAUUAACAAGUGAGUCUGCCUGAUUCACUGCCUCAGUUGGUUUACUGGAAUCUGGUGACUUCAUUCCUCUCUGACUUACACAUAAAAAGUUCAGAGAUGCUUUGAGGAGUUGGAAGGGAGUUAAGGAGACUUCUUGCCCAAGCGCUCAAACAAGGCAGGGUCUUGGGAAUAGCUUGCCUCCGAGAAGACUACCUGAGCUUUUGCUUGAGUUAAUAAUCCCCUACCUCCCCUAUCUUUUGGAUGUCCCUAAUUGUAAAGAAGUUAUUUUAUGGGCAAACAUUUUUUUUCUAGACCUGUAAAGAACAAAAACUCUGGGACCAGUACUGUGGUGUAGUAGGUUAAACCUCUGCCUGCAAUGCCAGCAUCCUGUAUGGUCACAGGUUUGAGCCUUGGCUGCUCCACUUCUUUUUUUUUUUCUUUUGACAGGCAGAGUGGACAGUGAGAGAGAGAGAGAGACAGAAAGGUCUGCCUUUUUCCAUUGGUUCACCCCCACAGUGGCCACUGAGGCCGGCGCUGCGGCUGGCGCACCGCGCUGAUCCGAUGGCAGGAGCCAGGUGCUUCUCCUGGUCUCCCAUGGGGUGCAGGGCCCAAGCACUUGGGCCAUCCUCCACUGCCUUCCUGGGCCACAGCAGAGAGCUGGACUGGAAGAGGAGCAACCGGGACAGAAUCCGGCGCCCCGACCAGGACUAGAACCCGGUGUGCUGGCGCCGCAGGUGGAGGAUUAGCCUAUUGAGCCGCAGCGCCGGCCGGCUGCUCCACUUCUUUUUUUUUUUUUUUUUUUUUUAAAUUUUUGACAGAGUGGACAGUGAGAGAGAGAGAGAGACAGAGAAAAAGGUCUUCCUUUGCCGUUGGUUCACCCUCCAAUGGCCACCGCGGCCGGCGCAUCGCGCUGAUCCGAAGGCAGGAGCCAGGUGCUUCUCCUGGUCUCCCAUGGGGUGCAUGGCCCAAGGACUCGGGCCAUCCUCCACUGCACUCCUGGGCCACAGCAGAGAGCUGGCCUGGAAGAGGGGCAACCAGGACAGAAUCCGGCACCCUGACUGGGACUAGAACCCGGUGUGCCGGCGCCGCUAGGUGGAGGAUUAGCCUAUUGAGCUGCGGCGCCGGCACCGGCUGCUCCACUUCUGAUCCAGCUCCCUGCUAAUGCACCUGGGAAAACAGCGGAAGAUGGCCCAAGUGCUUGGACCCCUGACACUCCUUUUGUAUGACCCAGAUGGUUCUCUGGGCUCCUGGCUUCAUGCUGGCCCCACCCCUGUCACUUUGUCUUUCAAAAAAAGAAAUAAAUCUGAAGAAAAAACAAAACAAAACAGGAAGAUGCUGUUUAGGAAGCUCCCAUCCCUUAUUGGUGUUCCUUGGCUUGAGUCCCGGCUCUACUUCCCAUUCCAGUCUCCUGCUGGUGCACGUGCACCCUGGGAGGCAGCAGGUGAUGGCUCAAGUAUCCUUGCCUGCUACCUGGGAGCUCUGGUUCGAGUUCCGGAUCCACGUUUUGGCCCGAUCCAGCCCUGGUUGUUGUGGACAUUUGGGGAGUGACCCAGCAGAUGGAAGAUCUUUCUCCAGUUCUCUGUCUUUCAAAUUAAAUAAAUAAAUACAAUUGCUUUCAACACUGGAUCCUGUUGUUCUUAUAUUUGUAGCUGAGGUUUGUGCUAAAAGGUUUGAUUUGUUAUCUUCUGUCUGCCCUCUUGUGGACAUUGUUUUGGGGGAAAAAAUAAAAUAUUUAACUGCUGGAAGAACUAUAUAAUGAUCCACACCCAAACUGAAAACAAUUCACCUGCAUCUCGAUCUUUGUUUUCAGUUAUUUGUUCUCAUCCAUAAACGUGCUUCAUUCUAUGUGGCUGAAAUAUAUCAAGGAUACAUUUUUUUCCUCUUCUCUGAUAAUGAUGAUGUCUUUAUGGAGAUAUGUAAAAAUACUUAAGAAUCAGUAGGCAAUUUUGUAUAUUACUCCUACAUUAUCGUGUAUAAUUUUUUUUACUGAGAUAUAUCCACAUACCAAGAAAUUCACCCUCUUAAAGCAUACAAUUUAGUGUUUGCUUUUUUUUAGCAUAUUCACAAGGUUGUACACUCAUCUCCAUUCUCAUAUUCUAGAAAUUUCCACAACCCCCCAAAGAAGCUCCAUACCCAUUAGCAUCCACUCUCCCAUCCCUCCCCUCCAGCCCCCUAGAAGCCGCUAAACUAUAUUCUGUGUCUGUAGGUUUGCCCAUUCUGGACAUUUCAAAUAAAUGGAAUCAUACAGAAUAUUGCCUCUUGUGUGUGUCUGGCUUCUUUCACUUAGCAUAAUGUUUUCAAAGUUCACUCAUGUUGUAGCAUGCUUCAUUGGUAUAUUUCCUUUUUUUAAAUAGCACAUCAUUUUAUUUUAAU